ACUGUACUUCGAACCGGCUUCGAUCAAUCGAUUGGAGUCGGUCUUAACAUAUUCUCAUUUCUACUCCUUCUUGAACAUAAUGCCCCUCCUUCCGCCAAUCAAUUUCCCUCGAUGGCUAGCCGAGAAUGAGAAGCUUUUACAACCUCCGGUCAACAAUUUCUGCUUGUACAAGGGCGGGGAUUUCAUUAUGAUGGCAGUCGGCGGUCCGAAUGAAAGGAAUGAUUACCACGUCAACGAAACAGAGGAAUGGUUUUACCAAUAUAAGGGGGGAAUGCUCCUCAAAGUGAUUGAAGAUGGCGAAUUCAAAGACAUCAGAAUCGAAGAAGGGGAAAUGUUUUUGUUGCCAGGUGCAAUUUACUACCACCAAAUCAAGCUUAAACGUUCACUUCUCAAUACCUCUAUCCGUAGCCAAUACUCCUCAUAACCCAGUCCGAUUCGCAGACACAAUUGGAAUUGUGAUGGAAAGAGAACGUCCAGAAGGGUCGUUAGACCGACUGCGAUGGUACUGUCGCUCUACUGUCCAUGACACACCCACUAUCAUCUACGAAGAGGCAUUUCAUGUCACGGAUCUUGGAACCCAGCUCAAACCUGUCAUCAUGAAGUGGCAACAAAAUGAAUCCCUCAGAAUGUGUAGACAUUGCGGUACUAUAGCAGAACCGAACUAGAAUUUGUGUAUAUUCUCGGCUCACCGAAACUUCCCAUCUACUUAGCUCAACCCGCUUAUUUAUUGGGGAUUACUCAAAGUCAUCAAUUUGCUCAACCAAUCUGGGUCGGAGACGGAACACGACGGAUUUGUUCUCAUGGAGUUUAGUCCUCACGACAAAAAUAACGAGGGGCUUGUCUGCACUCGAUCCUCUAAAAUAUAUUCCCACUCCUGCCGUGAAAUCAUCCAAAGUUGAUAUUUCUUUCCUUGGGUCAGAUUCUCAACCAUUGUUUUCAGACUUCUUUGGUUCAAGAUACAUAUCCGCCCUUGAAUCCCCGGAUGUCGAAAUCCGGUCGAGACAUGAAUUUCAAUCUGCAAGGAUUCAUUAAGCACUAGUCACUCGUUGCUUUGAAGAAUGGGAUGAGGCAGGAUUUACGAGUCACAAUGAGGGCUGCUAGUGCCAAGGAGGGGAAUCUGGUUGAAUCCAACUGGCAUGCUCGCUUCAGCCCGGACAUACGAUCAAAAGCACGUUACAAUGGCGUGGUUCUCAAUGAAGAGCUGUAUUUUUUUUCGUUAAUUAUUGCAUUCGGACGUUUCAAUGUCGAUGACUGCGGGAGUUAGUUUGGAGCCCGAAUGGGGUUGUGGGUAUCAGAGUUGGGUAAAUUCAAGUGUUCACCAUGUAUGAUAUUAAAUUGACUAUACCGCGAGUUCACGAACGUGAAGACAUUCCCUUUCCGC